AGCACAGAGAUAAACUUCGGAGGGCAGGCCGUGUUGAUCUCAGUUUUACGCUCGUGUCGCAAAGAUACCACACCAGAAAUUAGCCAAGAUGAUUCCACCAAAUGCUUCCCUCGUUAAAUAUGACAACCCAGUGUUGGUUAGCAGAAAUACGGACAAGAAAACACCACGGGCUCGAGCCCUAAGGGUCAGCCCAACACCGCCAACAGGGGCGGGUCCAGUACCCAACCCUCCCGCCAAACAGAAACUCCCCCCAAUGGAUUCCAAAAAUGUACAGCAGACAGAUGAAAUCCUCAAUUCAAUCUUACCUCCCAAAGAAUGGACAGAGAAUGGUCAGUUGUGGGUACAGCAGGUGUCCAGCACUCCGGCAACCCGACUGGAUGUGGUCAACCUUCAGGAGGAGCUGGACAGAAGGUUACAACAGAGACAGGCCCGGGAGACUGGCAUCUGUCCUGUCCGCAGGGAACUCUACUCACAGUGCUUCGAUGAGUUGAUUCGCCAGGUAACCAUAAACUGUGCUGAGCGUGGUCUCCUAUUACUGAGGGUGAGAGACGAGAUCAGAAUGACAAUUGCUGCCUACCAGACACUGUAUGAGAGCAGCGUGGCAUUCGGCAUGAGGAAGGCUCUUAUGGCAGAGCAAGGUAAAGCUGACAUGGAGAAAAAGAUUGGAGACUUGGAGCAAGAAAAGCGUGAGCUUGAGAAGAACGUGAACGAGCUGAAAGCAAAGUGUGAACAGAUUGAGAAGAGAGCAGCUGAACAGAGACAGGUAGAGGAGAAGAAACACACUGAGGAGAUCCAGUUCUUAAAGAGAACAAACCAGCAGCUCAAGACUCAGCUGGAAGGUAUAAUUGCACCCAAGAAGUAAUCACAUUGGCUAAUAAACUGCCGACACUGCUUGAAAUUUGUCAUCGAAGGAAAUUGGAGUCACUGGGGAUCACCUGCACAUUUGGGACAGUCUAAACCGUUUUCACAGACAUUGAGAUACAUUGAGAUAUGGAGAUGAAAACUGUUUCUACUGAUUCAACAGAAAGAGUUGUGCAGAGAAACUGUUAUUACAUAUGUAUAAAUUUGUAAAUAAUAAUUAUUAUUACAUUACUUAAUAAAUCCGCUGAUUGGCAAAUGCUGCUGGUCAAAAUAGCUGUUAUAAAAAAUGGUAAACUAUUUUUAUGUCAGUUUACAUGAAUGACUCUUGUUUUAAUCCAAAUUUUAAGUAGAUUGAACUAUUUAACUUCAUUCUGUGGAGACAAAAAUGUUUCUGUGAAUUUUGGUGUUUCAUUAUCAUUUGUUAUCAUUUUUCUACAG